UUUCAUUUCUUUUAAACUAAGGUUACGGAAACGAAAGUGAAAGAGUUUAAAACAAAACAGCGACGCCAUUCUUGAACCUGAAUGUGUAACCGGCCGCGUAUUGUAUGUGUCACCAAGUGUAAGAAACUGAGAUCAAACUCUCCAGAACCUAGUGUACAUCUGUGAGGAGUAGAUCCUUGGAGCAAACGCCUACAUUAAGUGAUGCAAAAAUGACUUCUGACCUGAGGAACACCAGAAGGAAGCGGCAGAGAUCAGAAUCUCCAGAACCCAGCGGGGUGUCUCUGAAGAGUAGCAGGUCCAUGGAGCAACCCCUUAAACUCAGUGAUUCAACUGUGACCUCUCACCCUCUUUUUAGCAGUAAAGAGAUACAUGAGCUGAGCAAAUUUGUGCCAUCCACUUCAUCCCAAUAUCAGACCCACAUCAGGCACGACAAAGCUGAAUUUAUCUGUCAAAAACACAAUCUGGAGUCUGGAGAUCUGCAGAGAGUCAAAGACCGGCACAAAACCAGCAUGAAGAACAAGUAUGAGAGAUUAUUUGAGGGAAUGAAACUCCAAGAGAAUGAAACCCUCCUGAACAGGAUCUACACACAGCUCUACAUCAUAGAGGGAGAGAGUGAAGGAGUGAAUGAAGAACAUGAGGUUUUACAGAUGGAGAAAACAGCCAGAACACAACACUCACAAGACACUCCAAUCGACUGCAAUGACAUCUUUAAAGCAUCACCUGAACCACGAUGUGAGGAGAAAGACCAGAUCAAGACUGUUCUUACUAAAGGCAUCGCUGGAAUCGGAAAAACCGUCUCUGUGCAGAAGUUCAUUCUGGACUGGGCCGAGGGAAAAGCCAAUCAGGAUGUAGAUUUCAUGUUUGUUCUUCCAUUUCGAGAGCUGAACUUGAUCCGAGAUCAUCAGUACAGUCUUCACAGACUUCUGCUGGACUUUCAUCCUGAACUUCAAGAUCUGGACUCAAAGAUUUAUGAGGAGUGUAAAGUUGUGUUCAUCUUUGAUGGUCUGGAUGAAAGCGGAAUCACACUGAUGUUUUCAGAUGAUCAGAAAGUUUGUGAUGUGACUGAGACUUCAUCAGUGGGUGUGUUGAUGUCAAACCUCAUGAAAGAAGAACUGCUUCCCUCUGCUCUCAUCUGGAUCACCUCCAGACCAGCAGCAGCCAAUCAGAUCCCCUGCAAAUACAUCAACCGUCUGACAGAAAUUCAGGGAUUCACUGAGCCUCAGAAGGAGGAAUAUUUCAGGAAGAGAAUCAGUGAUCAGCAUCAAGCCAGCAGAAUCAUCUCACACAUCAGAAGAGCAAGAAGCCUCCACAUCAUGUGCCACAUCCCCGUCUUCUGCUGGAUAUCAUCCACUGUGCUUCAGAAGCUCCUGGAAGAAGAUCUGAGUGCAGAAAUCCCUCAAACUCUGACUGAAAUGUACAUCCACUUCCUGCUGAUUCAGAUCAACCUGAGGAACCAGAAGUAUGAAGAGAGCGAUCCAGAGAAACUCCUGCAGUCCAUCAGAGAAGUGAUUGUGAAACUUGCUGAAGUGGCUUUCAAACAGCUGAUGAAGGGCAAUGUGAUGUUCUAUGAGGAGGACCUGAUUGAGAGCGGCAUAGACGUCACUGAUGCCUCAGUGUAUUCUGGGAUUUGCACUGAGAUCUUUAAGGAGGAAUCUGUGAUUCAUCAGAAGAAAGUCUACAGCUUCAUUCAUCUGAGUGUUCAAGAGUUUCUUUCUGCUUUCCAUGUGUUUUAUUUUCACAUAAGCCACACUACAGAAGAAUGUUUUGAUUCACUGGAAAGUCUCCACAAAAGAGUUGCUGAUAAGACCGUAAUGAACAAAAAUGGACACCUGGAUCUGUUCCUGCGGUUUCUGCUGGGCAUCUCACUGGAGUCCAAUCAGAGACUCUUACAUGAUCUACUGACACACACAGUCAACAGCUCAGAGAGCAUCAGGAGAACCACACAGUACAUUAAAGAGAAGAUCAAAGAUGGACAUGGACUCUCCAUUGAAAGAUCCAUCAAUCUGUUCCUCUGUCUGCUGGAAGUGAAAGAUCAGACUCUGUCCAGAGAGAUUCAGGAGUUUGUGAAAUCAGACAAACACUCAGAGAAGAAACUCUCUCCUGCUCAGUGCUCAACAAUCGCCUACAUGCUUCAGAUGUCAGAGGAGGUGCUGGAUGAGCUGGACCUCAAGAAAUACAACACAUCAGAUGAGGGCAGAAGAAGACUCAUACCAGCUGUGAUCAACUGCAGAAAAGCCCUUUUUGCUGGCUGUAGUCUUGCUGCUCAGGACUGUGAAAUUGUGUCAUCAGCUCUACAAUCCUCAAACUGUUUCCUGAGAGAGCUGGAUCUGAGUAACAAUGACCUGCAGGAUUCAGGAGUGAAGCUGCUCGGUGAUGGACUGAAGAGUCCAAAAUGUCAGCUGCAGAACCUGAGGUUGUCAGGCUGUAUGGUGACAGAGGAAGGCUGUGGUUAUUUGUCUUCAGCUCUGAGUUCAAACCCCUCACACCUGAGAGAGCUGGAUCUGAGCUACAAUCACCCAGGACCAUCAGGAGUCCAGCUGCUCAAACACAGACUGGAGGAUCCAAACUGCUCACUGCAGAUACUCAAUUUGGAUCAUGGAGAACAUUUCAGGAUCAAACCAGGACUGCGGAAAUAUGCAUGUGAUCUCACACUGGAUCCAAACACAGCACACACUCGUCUCUCUCUGUCUGCAGGGAACAAAAAAACAAAGUGUGAGAGAGAGAAUCAGCCGUAUCCUGAUCAUCCAGAGAGAUUUGAGAACUGUGAGCAGGUUCUGUGUAGACAGAGUCUGACUGGACGCUGUUACUGGGAGGUUGAAUGGAGCGCCGAGUGGGUCACAAAAGGGUUAAUUUCUGGAGGCUCCAUUUGUUCACAAUACCACCAUCAGUUGCUGAGUUCAUGGGUGGAAUAA